AUGGCCCCUACCAAGCAAAAAGUCCACAAGUCUACCGGCGGCAAGGUUCCUCUGAAGCAACUGGCGACGAAGGCUGCUCGUAAGUCUGUUCCGGCAAUCGACGGAGUGACAAAGCCCCACAAGUUCAGGUCGGAACCUGAGGCUCUUCAAUUAGUGUAUUGUCUGGUACCUUUGAAUCACGACACCCUUGUCGCUGCCGUCAAAACGAGGCGGUCGGAGCGACGCGAUG